AUGCCUCAUCUAAGCAAAAUUAUAUGCCUACUUAUAGAUGGAUUAACAUUUAUCUACCUAUCAGAUUUGAUUACAUUUCAUCUAUUCAGCACAACAUUGAUUACUUCGAUUCAGUUGAUUUUAAAUUUACCGAAAUGGGGUAUCUUUAGUUAUCUAUUUAAAAAAUGGUUUAUAUUUCGUUGCCUACUGUUUGGUUGGAGAAGGUAUAAUGUUUAUAAACGUCUAAAUAAAAAGAAAGAUAGUUUAUUUGACAAACACGGACGACUACACAAUAAAUUUCAAGGUCUUCAUAAUAUGGAUAGUCAGUCUAAAAAACAGGAUGUCAACAGCAGUAAUGAAAUGAUUUCAUUCAGCUUAAGUCAGUUACGUGAGAAGUUGGACAAUAAAAGUCUGACAUCAAUUGAUCUACUGGAUGCAUAUCAAAUUCGCGCACUAGAAAUAUGUCGUUCAAGAACCAACUGUAUCACUGAAAUUGUUUAUGAAGCCGAUGUCUAUGCUAUAUUAGCUGAUUCUGAACGGGAUUCCGAGGAUGGAGAGGUCAGUUUAAUCCAUGGAAUACCAAUAGCAAUUGAAGAAAUAUUUCCUAUUCAUGGUUACGAUCAUACAAUGGGUUAUACAAUAUGCACUAAUCAUGUAGCAGAAGACGACUGUAUCCUCGUGAAGGCAUUACGCGAUUGUGGUGCUAUUCCAGUGAUUUUAACGAAUGUAAAGCAAAAACUUUUAAGCCUUUCAGCAAACAAUCCAAUAACUGGUUUAACAAGUCAUCCUACUCACCCUGGUAGAGCAUGUGUCAGUGGUACAGGAUCUUUAUUAGUUCAUAAUGGUUGCCCACUUGCUGUUGGUUUUGAUAUAUUGGGUGAAGCUCGUCUUUCUGCUGCAUUCUGUGGGAUAACAGCGUUUAAGCCAACACCAGGCAGAAUCAGUAAUAAGGAUUUAAAAUUACCCAUUGAAUUACCUGAUUAUUUAUCCCCGAUUCCAUCUCCUAUGGGUCAUAGAGUCGAGGAUCUAGUGGACGUCCUUCGUAGUCUUUGGACUAAAAACAUGUUUUCGUAUGAUUGCACACUAUCCCCAAUGUUAUUCAACAAUGAAAAGUAUUUAUCCACCGCAAAAUUGGAUAAAAAAUUAAAAAUAGGUUUUUACACAGAUUUUGAUGAUCUAGUCAACGCUUCACCAUCAGUACGACGUGUCAUGUGGAAAGUUCGUGAUGAACUUGAGAGGCAAGGAUACGAGGUGGUCGAUUUUUCCAUACCAGCACCACGUACAGCAUACCAGCUAACUAUAAGCUUACUGGCCAGUUAUAUGGAACCAGAACUAUUGAAAUUAAUAUACAUUCGUGGAAAUGGAGAUAUUUUAGUUGAUCAGAAACAACGUCUUUUGCAUUUAUUCUACGCAUUGCCAAAUUUUAUGCGAUUCAGAAUCGCUGAAUGGCGUGCAAAAAGUGUUGCAGUUGAUUAUCCAGCCACAGCCUCAGUUCUACGUGGUUUAGGCUGUAACCAAAGUCCUAAAACGCUCAUCACACAGAUUAAUGACUAUAGACAACAGCUGUUUUCCCAAUGGAAUGAAGCAGAAAUUGAUGUAUUAAUAUGUCCGACAUCUCCAAUACCUGCGCCUUGGGACAACAGUACCUCGUAUGUAACCAACUGUGUCCUUCCUUUUACCUGCCUUUAUAAUUUACUCGGUUGUCCAGCCGGUAGUGUAUCUGUAGGACGUGUUGAAAAGUGUGAUUUACAAGCAUGUGACGAUAUUCUCAAUAGUAGCAUGAAAAUCUCUCCAUUGAACACAAUGUUCUCUGAACAGCACAAACGGUCAGAAGGUCUGCCGAUUGGUGUACAAGUUGUCGCAAAACCAUGGAAUGAUGAAGCAGCUCUUGGACUACUUGUUGUAUUGCAAUCUUUGUUCAGCUCAUAA